AUGGGUUUUGUCGAAGGCUUCGCACCAUUACAAGCGCCUCCGACUAGAGAAUGCGCGCGAGCGACUCUCCUCUUCAAAUCACUCGAUACUAUAAUAGAUGAAUUAAUUCAACUCUCCGCUUUCAAGACUGUUGAUAAAAAGUCCAGCAAGGCAAAGUCAGAAACAUCAAAAGUAACAGAAGAAGAGGUUGCGGUCCGCAUAGACAGUUCCAAUUCCGUAUAUACUCCGCUCGGAUCGCCGACGAAUGUGCUAGAAGCACAAGGAACUGAAGUUAAAAGGAUGUCUAGGAAGGCUUUCUUAAUGUCGUUAGCAAGAUUGGUGGUGAUAGAACUGGGAGGAUGUUUAAAGAUGUCCUACGUUGUGAUCGGAGAGCUGCUCACCCGUUUCCGCGGUUCUCUCGGCUUGAGGUCGAGGAGUAUUAAUUUGGAUCCACAAACAUCGGAAUUUUAUAUAAAUAUUAAGGCCAAGGCUUAUGAAGAUCUAUCAGAGAAAAUGCUGACACAGCCUCAUCCAAAACUCUGCAUACUAUUGGACUUGCUAUGGACGUUUCUAGAUGAAUCCGCACUCUGUGAUAUAUUCGAACAUUGUAUUGUAAGAGAGUGCUUGCUCUUCGAUUCUGUAUCGCCGGAUAUGCAGUUUAAACAACAAAUAGAAGGUGUGUACGUGCUCUGUGGUCUGAUGCAGCAUCGUGAGACGAGACACCAUCUCGUCAAAUACGUGUUCUUCAAUAAAAUAACAUUUGACAAUUUCCUCAACGUGAAAUGUCCGGAUGAGAGCGUGUUGCGAACUGUCAUACAAAAGCCGUGGUGGCAGCGACCAACGUCUGUCAAAGGGGAAACUGAUCCCAUUAUAGCCGAUAAAGAAUUCAAUCCAACAACAGUAGAUGACAUAGCUGUAGAAACACGCUACAAAGAGGACUGUGCGAAAAUAACUGAAGCCAUACGGCCGCUAGAAAAUAUUCAGCUGGAAUUUGUUCUAAUUCUAUUGGAUAAUUCCGACGGUUCCAACGUAGUGCCGUCAACGAGGAAAAUAUUCUUGGAAAAGUUUCGACGAUACAUUAUGGAUAAUUGUAUCUUAGAUAUGAGACUUUUCAACGUGUCUCGCAACUCUCCCGCCAUCUCAUGGUGUUGCCACGCUAGACUCCUCACAGCAGUUCUUACGAUGUGGAAUAAGGAGAAUCCACUUGGAAAUUUGACAGGACCUCCUCAUUUGCCGCCAAAAUCUUUCAUUGAUGGUGAAUUAGAUUUUUAUAAUGUCGAUCGACUUGGUGGUGUUUUACCGUUUUUAGUGAGGACGCUAAGGUAA